GUACAGGUCCUCACUCCUUUAACAGCUUACACAACAACAGCUUACAGGUUACGAACAGCAUAAAUAACAUCAACAUGGCAUCGAAAGAAGAAGACCGCACAAGCGUGAACAUGAUAGAUACUCACACAGCCACACCACCAGUACAACAAGUGAUGAUGGUUCCUAAAGGUCCGGCUAAUGCUGGACCCAUUGGUCUCAUGGGCUUCGGUAUGACUACUGUAUUGCUGAACUUCUACAAUGCUGGUGUCGCGGAAUCAGGUACCGUUGGUCUCAUCGCGUGCUACGGUAUCUUUCACGGUGGACUCGCUCAGCUUUUGGCUGGCAUGUGGGAGAUUUCCGCCGGCAAAGUUUUUACCGGAACCGCUUUCACUACAUACGGCGCUUUCUGGAUGGGACUCGGUCUGUUUGAUGGGCUCAUCGUAACAGGGAAUCUAGCGCCAGGAGACAUCAGUGAAGGCAAGUGUAUCUGGCUGUGCAUCUGGGGUGUCUUCACCUUUUUGAUGUUCCUUGGCACAUUCCGAGCCAAUCGAACUGUACAGUUUGUAUUCCUGUCGCUGUCGUUGUUGUUCUUCCUGCUGGCGGGUGGCGUGUACAGUGAGGGAGUGCACAAGACUGCGGGUGUAGUGGGUAUCGCCUGUGGAGCCUCGGCCAUGUACCUUGGUUGGGCUGAGAUCAUGAAUGAGGUAUACCAGCGGGAUAUGGUUCCCAUUUUCAAGAUUAAAUGGGAGUAAAUAUUAGAUAAAUAACAUUUCAGAAGUAAUCUCAGGACGGCCUGUGGCUGUCGGCGAUCGUGCAUGCCCGAUGAGCGAGACUUCAAUUAAUAACGAUACAAUAGCUUUCAAGCAAUGAAGAAUACGAAAUUAAAUAAAUAUUAUUACCGA